CGGCCCAAACGGUCGAAUAUCGCGUGCGAACGGUGCCGCAAACGGCACAUCAAGUGCGACGGCGAGGGCCCGCCGUGCAAGCGGUGUGCAGCGGCGAACACCUCGUGCGAGUAUACGGAGGGAGAGGCCAAGGUUGUGAUAUCGAUGAAAUAUUUAAGCAAGCUGCACGACGAGAUCUCGCGGCUCAAGAUCGAGAACGCUGUGCUGCGCAGCGCCACAAAGACAGGAUCUGCAGACCCUGUGGCGAAGCAGAAGAGCACCGAGCCAGAGUCACUGUUUAAGCAGCCGGUCACGAGCUCGACCAACAUGAACAUAAACCAGCUGCUGAACCACGAAAACAAAACAGAACACAAGGGCAGCGAGGUGAUCCCGCCGUUUUUGGACAAGUACGGCAGCAUGGUGCAUUCGCGCACGGGUGAGGGGUUCUAUAUCGGCAAUUCGUCGAUGACUCUUUUCGGGUUGGAGAUCAACCGGCUGAUGGCCCCGCUGAUGAAGAGCCGUGGCUCACAGUCGCUGGAAGCGCCGGAGCUGGGCUCAAUGGGCGACACCGUGCUUGAGCGCGAGGGCAACGCGUACAGAAUCAUGCUGGGACAAACACCGUCGCGGUCGGGCACGAACGUCAACUUCGCGCUGCCCAGCUACAGCUACGCGAUGUUACUUGUAGACACGUUUAUUUCGUACAACGACGGGUGUUUUUACUUCUUCAACGAGGGACUGGUGAAGGAGAACUUGCGACGGAUCUACAACGACGACGGGAGCGGACCCAAGCCCGAUUUCGGCGGAGACGGCAAGGACGAGUCUGUACUGGAAACCAUCUGGUUCUGCAAGGUGCUGCUUAUUUUUGCGGUGGGAGAAAUAUAUCUCGGGACCGUGAACGAUCUCAAUGGAUACAAGCUGAACGACAAGCGCAAGAAACAGAAACUGGCCAAGUCGCCACGGCUGCCUGGCUCCGGGUUUUUCCUGCAAGCCAGCGAGCUUUUCACCGCGCUCUUCUCCAGCGGAGCCAUCGACAACUGCGCGAAAAAGGGAGGCAUCGAGGUGCUGCUGCUGUACGCAUUCUACCUGCAAGUGGCUGACUGCACGAUCUCGUCGUACUUCUACUUUGGAAUAGCGCUACGUGCAUCGCUGAUCCUUGGCUUCCAUGUCGACGUCGGCAAAGACUCCAUCAAUCGGUACGAGCUCGAGCAUCGUCGCCGACUCUGGUGGACCGUGUAUAUUUUUGAGCGGAUGUUGGCGUCCAAAGCUGGGCUGCCGCUCUCGCUCACCGACGACGACAUCUCCACAGAGCUGCCCGACGACUUCGACAUGUCGAAUCCUCCACCAGGCUGCGAACAUUACAUCUUCCCUGAGGCAGAGUUUAUUCGCAACUGUGUGAAAAUCACCCAGAUCAACGCAAACAUCCUCCGCCGGCUGUACACGCGCCAGCCGUCCAGCAACAUCCUGCCUAUCGUGCACGACCUCGUGGUGAGCCUGUUCAACUGGAAGAAACAGCUGCCCGAUUACGUAAACUGCGACUUUCAGCAGCCAGAAAUCAACGUCAGCAGGCUUGUCGUCAACAUGAUGACCGAGUACUUCCAGGGUAUCAAUCUGGCGGUGCGGCCCCUGCUAUUCCAUUUUGUGCUUGUGAACUUGCGCGCUCAGAAUCCGAAAAAUGGCGUCUUUCUCGACCUCACAAAGUACUCUUCCACGGUGCUGACCCUGCUCAACGCCUCCUUCCAGGCCUCUAUCAACACCAUUCGCUCGCUUUGGGUGCUCGUGCCGGAGAAUAUGCUUGCGCUGUUUGGCUACAUGGACAGAGAGUAUCUGUUCACGUCCACGGCUACGCUGGUGCUUUUCAACGCCACGUUUGGCGUCCACGACGCCACGCUCGAGCACUUGGACCACGCCCUCGUCAUGUUCACCAAGAUGCGCAACCUCGGCAACCACCCGGCCGCGCUCAGACGCGAUCAGGUCCUCAAACUUAUGACGCUGCUGGAUUUCAACGGCCGCAACCUAGAGCUUGUCAGAAAACAC